AUGAAAGUCUUGAUUAUUUCGGAUUUUACCUAUCCUCAGAUAGGAGGUGUCGAAAAGCACAUUCAUGACUUGGGAGAAGCACUGGCAAAACACGGCUGCGAGGUGCACAUAGCCACAGGAAUAAAGCUGUCUGCCCCAAUCUCGACACCGCAGAUUACAUACCACACCAUCCCCGUCUAUGGUCUUUCUUGUGGUGUCUCGCUUCCGUGCUACAGCCUAGAAAUCCUCUGGCUCAGCAAGCUUCAUCGAGAGCAUAGUUUUACUAUCGUUCACUGCCACCAAAGCUACUCAGUAUUAGCAUUAACAGGUCUACUGUGGGCACGUGCUGUGGGACUCCCUGCCAUUCUCACCGAGCACUCUAUGGCUCGAGGAGAUGUAUUCUAUGAGAUGCUGCUUUCUCCCAUCAGACAGUGCUCCCUUGCAUUGGCCCAUCGGGUGAUAUGCGUGUCCCGUGAGUGCGAAGAUAACCUGCGGUUGCUCCGCCACAUAUCCUUCCAGAACCCUGUAGACAUAAUUCCUAACAUAGUUCCUGAUAGAACGAGAUUGCUAUUGCCAAAGGAUAUGUUAUUUAGUUGCGAGAAGUUCCGGCAUUGGCCUCCAAAGCGUCUGAGAAUAGCGUUUGUACAACGCCUUGUACAGCGCAAAGGAGCGGACCUUAUUGGACCCCUGCUCGGGUUGUUAGCAGCAAGUGGCAUGGAGGCUGAUGUAUAUGUAGUCGGAUCUGGUCCAAUGAGUGCACAAGUGAAGAAACUCCCAAUGUAUCAAAAGGACAUACGACUCCUCGUUCUCGGGCCCCUGCCGAAUGAAGAAGUUAGAUGCCUUCUAUCCACUUGUCACAUAGGAGUUAUACCAUCGUACCUUGAGGCUUUCUCGAUGGUGCUAGUCGAAUCCCUCCAAGAGGCGUGCAUACCUGUAGCAAGCUGGGUUGGGGGCACUGAUUCUGUAUACAAGAGCAUCUCUCCGUGGCUAGCUUCACGUUGCCUUUGCAGCCCCUCCGUACAAGAGCUCUAUCAGCGCAUCACCAAUCUCCAGCAUAUCCCGCGGAACGCUCUUCUACAAGAGCUGACGACUGCCUCUGAGAUUGCCCGCACGAAGUAUACACCAGAAAGUGUCUCAAAGAGGGUAUAUGGUGUCUAUGAAGAAGUUCGCUCCCAGUCACACCCAACCUGGGUAAGCGGCAUUUUGGAUAUAUGUAGGGCGAAAGUGGACUACUUCAUAUUUAAAGUCUGGUUCCUCGUUGUAUUUACCUCAGUCGCCAUCUUUCACAAAGUAUACUCAAUAACUCAAAGACUUUGGUGCCAUGGCAAACAGAGUCAAAACUCAGUUUUGCGUAUUCAGGUUGUCCAAGUUCAUUCUAUUGACUGA